AUGGAUGUGAUAGACUUCGGCAGUUCAUGUUACGAGCACCAGCGUGUGUACACCUACAUACAGUCGAGAUUCUACCGCGCGCCCGAAGUGAUGAUGGGCGCUAAGUACGGCAUGCCAAUCGACAUGUGGUCUCUCGGGUGUAUAUUGGCGGAACUACUCACAGGUUUCCCCCUAUUACCCGGCGAGGACGAAGCGGACCAAAUGGCAUGCAUCAUAGAGUUACUAGGAAUGCCUCCUCAGAGGCUUAUAGAACAGGGAAAACGCUCGAAAAAUUUCAUAAGUAGCAAAGGACUGCCGCGGUAUUGUACGGCAUCCACGCUGCCUGAUGGCACUACAGUUCUUAGUGGAGGUAUGUCGAGAAGAGGCAAGCCCCGUGGUCUGCCCGGCUCCAAGAGCUUCGUGACGGCACUCAAGGGCUGUCAGGACAAAUACUUCAUCGACUUUAUUAGACGGUGAGCUUAGUGCUACCUUCUUGUAAAUGAAAUGCUAAUAAUUUAUUAUAAAUUUCAAUAUAACAAAUUCAA